AUGAUUAGUGAGCGAAACUCGCUGAAAAACUCACCAAAUGACGAUACUGAAUUGUGGAAUGUUAAUGAUGCUAGUUCAAUUAUCAUCUCCCCAGGUACAAUGGACAGCUUUUCAUCACAUUAUUCAUUUCUAAACAAAAAAUGUUCGAGUUGGUUGGGAAAAAGUAUUCUGCUUUCCCUGAUGUUGACAGUGUUUGUUUUUGGCGUGCUUUUGGCAUUUUUGAUAGGGCAAUGGGUCGCGAAGUCGGAGAAGAAUGCGCAUAAGGAGAACAGCGAAGAGGCGGUGAUGAAAAAUAUUACGUUAUUGAGUGUAUAUCCACCUUUAUCAAAUUCUAUCACUCCAUGGGCACUUCAUUUCUCUCUGAGUUCUGCUACAGCGCAGAAACAUCGAAAAGUACCUUUGAUAAGAUUACCUAGAGCACUUCAACCUGAACAUUAUGAUCUACAGUUAGAUUUUACGAACGUAGUCUCAAAAGAACAAAUUUCUGGCAAUAUAUCGAUACUUCUUAAAUCAUAUGUCAAUUCUACAACACUCCAUGAAGUUGCCUUUCAUGCAGCAGCAAAUGUACAUAUCGAUGGAGUACGUUUACUUCAUCAAGGAAAGGUUGUUAGGAUAGAGAGAUUUAAACGAGAGCAUCGUGCUAAGGUAAUUCGACUUCAACUCGAACAACCUUUGAAAAAUGGAUGGUAUAUGCUCGAAAUGCAGUUUGUUACAAAGAUUUGCAAAGACAAUAGUGGCGGAGUGCACUGUUAUCGCGGUAUAAGACAAGAUGUUAAUUCGUUACCAAGAAAUCAUCAUUUACCAAUAAUCAGUUUUACUACGAGAUUUCAGCCAUUAUUGGCCAGGACUUUUUUUCCAUGUUGGGAUGAACCAAGUUGGAAGGCUAUAUACAAUAUCACCAUACUACAUUCAACUUCGAUUACGGUUUUAACAAAUGCGGCACCACUUCAUUUCAUUCAAAAGCAACGACAUUCUUUUGUUCGCACAACAUUCCGAGAAACACCACCAAUUCCAGCGUUUUUACUCGCAUUUGCUUUUGGUCCAUACAGCAACUUAGAGAGAAGCACCGGAUAUGAUGUGCCACUUACUAUAUGGACAUUUCCAGAAGAUCUCGUCUAUGCAAAAUUUGCUGCAAACUUUUCUCCUUAUAUGUUUGAUCAACUUGCAAAAGAGUUCGUUGUUCCUUAUCCUCUUUCAAAAAUCGAUUUUGUGGCUGCUCAUUCAUUUCCGGUUAGCGGUAUGGAAAACUGGGGACUAAUUGUAUUCCAGAAGGAGUUAUUUUUACUAGAUUCAUUGCUCGAAAGUAGCGCAAAUAUGACAGUGGAUUUACUGGCUGAACAGUAUGAUAUCGAAAAAAUUAUUACACAUGAACUUGUUCAUCAAUGGUUUGGAAAUUUGGUCACAAUAAAUGAUUGGUCCGAGCUUUGGUUAAGUGAAGGAUUUGCAUCCUACUAUGUAAAUUAUUUACUGAAAAAACAGCGUCCAAUUCUAGCCACUAACGAAUACUUUCUCCGCCUUUCUCAGUUACUGUCAAGACAGACUUCAAGUGAGAAGGUAGCGCUAGUAAAAGUUUUCAAAACAGAAGAGGAAGUAGAAAAUGCUUUCAAUCCGUACCAUUUAUAUACGAAAGGAGCUGUUAUUGUUAAGAUGAUGUGCGAUCUGGUUGGUAAGGAUAACUUCCGUGAAGGUGUUAGGAGAUUUUUAAAAACAAACGCCUACAAAAGUAUUGGACGAUCAGCACUGUGGAAGGCAAUGCCUGCAUAUACUGACCAUGGCUUGCAAAACAAGAAGCUUGAAAAUGUUAUUGAACCGUGGCUUCUUAACGAUGGGAUGCCUGAAGUGUUGGUGAGUCGAAAUUAUGACUAUGGCAGUAUACGUCUUAUCCCACGACCAUCCGAUCAAAAUCGUUACGUCACUUAUUUACGAGGUGCUAGUACAAGGCAUUAUAAUGUAAAGUAUUCCAAAGAAACCAUUAAAAAAGUAAGGAUGAAGAAAUGGAUAGGUAAGUUUCCCGCUGGAUCAAGAAUAAAGAAUCAUGAUACAGGUAGAUCGAAAAAAAUUGAAGUUGGAAACGCCAAUGAAAAAUCAUAUUUUUACGUUGAGUCUGUAAACAAACAACGUAGUAUUGAAAAUAUAUGGACCAAUUCGAAGAAGCAAGCAGCUAAAAGCAAACAGAUAGUCGAUGGUGAUCAGUCUAUUAGUAGAAAAAAAGAGCGGCAUUAUCGGAAAAUAAAAGAAAAUCGGCGAUCAGUUCGAGAAAAGCAAUUCUGGUCAAUACCUUUCAGUUAUCAGCUAAGCUCCAAAACGAAUGUUUUUGCUGAUACAAUAAGAGAAUUCUGGCUACACAACAAGACUGUGGUGCUCACGGAUAAGAAAUACCAGACUUCAGCAGCACUUCUGGCAAAUGUUAACUGGAAAUAUCCAUAUCGUGUCAACUAUGAUAUUGAAAACUGGAAAAUGUUAGCAAAACUGCUACAUGAAAAUCAUUUAUCCAUACCAUUAUAUUCCCGCAUACAAUUGAUACUCGAUUCCGAAUUCUACCUUAAACAGUCGAGCGUUCCCGAACUCUACCUGUACAUUUUAAGCUAUUUGACCAAAGAAAAUGAUGUUGGUCUUUUAUUAUUUGGCCUGGAUGCAUUAUACCGCUUUUUCGACAUGUUUCGCGGAAGUUCAAUCAACAAUUUGCUUUUACUAUUCCUAAGAGAAGUCACUGAAUGGCUUAAUAAAGUAAUGGAUGAUACGAAGGCAAAACCUGAGUUAGCCGCAUUAUGGUUACUUGAUGCAAACCGACUUAUCCAGUUUUAUAAACUUCGAUGUGCGGUGAAUUUGUCAACAUGUGAUCCAGAACACAAGGUACAGCAAUGGUUAAAAUCGGGUGGUUUGACAAAAGGUGACCACUACUCGCAAAUGACUGCUAUUUGCCAUCAUUUAUUCACUCAAGGUACCAAAGAUGGACAUGAUGUGGUUGAAAAUGGUUUAAAGCAGUUCAGCGGUAAAUGGACGACCACAAUACAACUGGCGACAUGUGUACGCAAUGAACAUAUUCUCAAGAAAGUUGCAAGUCAGAUCAUUGCAACACGAAAUGCAGCUGUUUAUACUGCUAUGCUGCAGAAUGAGUUCACACUACUGUAUAACAAGAAAUUCCGAGCAUUAUUUUGGAAGGAAAUCGCUGAUAUGCCACUGAUAGAGCGUAAACUAUUAUUUUCGACAGAAACAGAUCAAACAGCUCAAGUAGCUCAAACACUUGUACAUUCGAUACGCUCAUUCAGCGAAUUGGAAUGGCUGGUUAAUAUUGUACCUGAUUGGGGCCCUUACAUGAAGCCACAUAUUGAUUAUUUACAUCGCAAAUUUCAAUGGAUCGAUGAAAUUGCCACGCCAAGAAUUGAACAUUUUUUGUUAAAAGUUAUUAAAGCCGUAAAAAAGAAGUCAGUUACCGCACGAUGA